CGAUCGGUGUUCUUCCUUCCUUUUUCUUGUUCUUGCUAUUAAUAAACGCCGAUGCCCCCAUAAAGAUGGGAGACUUUUCCGUUGUUUUUUCCUCUGGGGAGGGGGAGGAUCUUGGGGUGCGAUUCUGUCUUGCCUUACUCUCCAAGUUUCCUUGCUUGGGGAGGAGAGAAAAUAGGUCUUUGCUUCUUCGUCCCUCUCUCUCCCUUUCCCAGCAAAUCUCUAGUCUCUCUGGCAAUGGCUCCUUCAACUGCUAACAGAUGGAUUAGGCCCGAGGUGUUCCCUCUUUUUGCUGCGGUCGGCGUCGCGGUCGGCAUCUGUGGGAUGCAACUCAUUAGAAACAUCUGCACUAAUCCAGAAGUCAGAGUUACCAAAGAGAAGAGAGCCGCCGGGGUGCUCGAUAACUUCGCAGAGGGCGAGAAGUACUCGCAGCACGUGGUCAGGAGGUUCGUCCGCAAUAGACCCCCUCAGGUCAUGCCGUCCAUCAACAACUUCUUCUCCGAUCCCAAAUGAAGGCGUCGGCGAUUGAUACGUUUCCAAUAUAGAAAGUCAAUACGUUUGCUAACAUUGCUCAAAAUCUUUGGAUUGUCUUUGAUCUGAUCAGAGGGGAUGGGAUGAUUUGUUCAUUGAACCGUGAUAUUUGUUGGGUCUGAACCUGAUGAAUAAAUGAAAUCUUUAAACAUUGAAAGUCA